CAUGUCCCAAAAACAGCAGGAGCUGCAAGGACUGGGUCGGCUUGAAUACCUGCAAGCCCUAGUUACUGAAUUCCAAGUAACAGAAAGUUCUGAAGCCAAGGAGCAAGUGCUGGCAAAUCUAGCUAAUUUUGCUUAUGAUCCCAAGAACUAUGACUAUCUCCGGCAGCUCAAGGUCUUGGAUCUGUUCCUGGAUAUGCUCACAGAGGAUAAUGACACCCUUGUGGAAUUUGCACUUGGCGGCCUUUGUAACCUGUGCUUGGACAAAAUCAACAAAGACUACCUCUUGGAGGCUGAUGGGGUAGCAGCUGUAAUCAACUGCCUGUCAUGCUCAAAUGAGGAAACCGUGAUGUCUGCGGUCACCACUCUGAUGUACCUGACCACACCCCAGUCUUGCCAACAGAUCACGGCUCUUCCCGUAGUGGAGUGCAUGCUGCGUUUCUCUCUCUCAGCCAACAGGAGGCUAUCCAACCUGGCAACUAUCUUCCUUGAAGACUACUGCAGCCCUCUGCAAGUAGAGGAGGCCAGGAACCUGACCAAACACACCGCUUUAGGGAUCCCCCUGCCAAAGAAUUAAUGCACUAUCGAGGCCUUUCUUCCUUGAGAAGUGGCUCAUCUUCCUAGCA